ACAACAAGUUACUUUACUGUUGCUUGUAGGAGGGUUCAGUCGCGAUUUUUUUUCGGUUCUAGGUAAAGUUUUUAAUUUGUUUAAGAUUCCAUACGUUUUCGGAAUGGACUUGGACAAUCUGGAAAAUCAGAUUGGAAGUCACUUACUUCAACAAAUGAAAUGCUGCAUCUGUAUGGAGAUUUACAACGACCCCACUGCCUUGCCGUGUGGUCAUACGUUUUGUUACAACUGUCUCCUGGAUUUGGCCAAGCACAAGAAGAGACAGGUACAGCAUCCGUUCAUGCUGAUGGGAAUGACCGUACCGUGCCCGAACUGUCGAAGUGGUGUCCCCUACACGAAUCUCAUGACAAAAACUAACGGCGUCGUACCUAACUUCGCCCUCAUGUCCAUUAUCGAAUCGUAUCAACAAAUGCAACAGCCUCGUUCUCAGGUGGACGCUUCUACGAACACAGAAACCUUUGCGCUGACCGGCCAACGGAUCGACAAUAUCAGCUCUGAGUUAGAUUCUCUAAUGAUAGCUGCAAAAGCGAAAACUUCGAUACUUCAAGGAUGUAAGGACGAAAUAGAUUAUAUAAGGCUGCAAAACCAAAACAACAUGGAAAAUCAAAUGUCCUCACUCUCACAAAACAGUGGUUGCCAGACAAAUGAAUUUUACAACGAAUUAAAAUCAGCGUCCGGAAGUAGCCAUGAACUCGUAGCGCCACCACCCGGAUUUCCAGCACCACCAUUUUAUCAUAACGAUCCUGGUGCCAUCGAUCCUGCGAUUCUUUCGAUCGGAGGUAACCUGAGCUUUUAUCCGCCGCCAUUCCAAAUGAUUCCAUACAGCUCAGGACCCUGGCAGAUAAACCCGGAGUGCUGAUGUGCGAGAGACAACGAUUACUUUGGUGGAGGACUAGGGAGGGUGACAGGGACGGGAAGGGAGGGAACAUUUUGUCCAUCCGGAUAUUUUGCCUUCUCUCAUAUUUAUACAUAAGUAUGUAGGGAAUUAGAAGAUUAUAUACAAGGGUAUUCACAAAACAAGUCAUGUGUGUGUAAAGUUUUUUUCGAAUGGUUAGGAAAAAGUGACAGGUUUGAUACCGUGAAAUAUGGGGAAAGGCAAAAUAUUGGUUGGGCGACGAUGGUGGGUAAUAUAGGACUUGGGGUUGGGAAGUUGUACUCUGAAUUAAGGGCAAAAUAACCAUUUAAAAUCACGAAAUAUUACAGUUUUUUUUUAUUUUUUUCCUAAAAGAAGAUCUUAUUCUUUACACUUUUGUAUAAAUUUAUCGCCAUACACGAAUAUCGGCAUUUUACACCGCGUGUGUGAUAUCUACCAUGUACAGCAACACUAGAGUGACUCGUACUGUCUAUUUUAAUAAAUUAUCUACAAUC